GGUGCAUUUUUUGUUUCUGUGGAUGAUGGGAGCUCUGCUGCAGGUUUGUCAUGCAACGAUUUACACCAACGACUGGGCGAUCAGGAUACGAGGAGACAGAGAGUGUGUGAGCCGGAUAGCAGAGAAAUAUGGAUUCACCAACAUGGGCCAGAUCGGAGACCUGAAGAGUUAUUACAGUUUUCGCCACAGCGAGACGGCGAUGAGGUCGACGGUGUCAAACACACAGGUGUCUGUUAGCGUCGCCACGGAGACUGAGGUGGAGUGGCUGCAGCAGCAGGUGGUCCUGAGAAGAGAAAAGAGGAACUCCAGAGCCAAUCACGUCUUCUCCGUUAACCUGAAGAGCGAAAACCUUCCCACCGCUCAUCCGUCCAAUCAGACGCUCCAUAACGACUCCAUGUGGAGGAACCCGUGGUACCAUUCAGGUAUGAACAUCGUUGGGGCCUGGAGGAGAGGUUUCAGUGGAAAAGGAGUGGUGGUCUCUGUCCUGGACGACGGCAUCGAGAGAGAGCAUCCGGAUCUGAAGCCAAAUUAUGAUCCUCUGGCCAGCCGUGAUGUGAACGGACAAGACGACGAUCCGUCUCCAAAUUAUUCCAACGCUGCUGCCUCCAACUACCAUGGGACUCAGAGUGCAGGGACGAUCGCUGCAGCUGCUCACAACUCACACUGCACCGUCGGAGUUUCUUUCAACGCUCGCAUCGGUGGUAUCCGCAUGCUGGAUGGAGAUGUGACCGACAUGGUGGAGGCCCAAUCCCUGAGCUUCAGACCUCAGUACAUUGAUAUUUAUUCAGCCAGCUGGGGGCCAGAAGACGACGGGGCCACUUUGGAGGGACCGGGGCCUCUGACUCGUCUCGCUUUAGAGAAUGGCGUCAAAAAUGGUCGGCGGGGGAGGGGCUCAGUGUUCGUCUGGUCCUCCGGUAGCGGGGGUCUGAGAGGAGACCACUGCUCCUGUGACGGAUACAGCAGCAGCAUCUACACCGUCUCCAUCAGCAGCUCCAGGUCAGAACAUCUGGAACAUCUGGAGAGGUGCUCCUCCACCCUCGCUGCUGCCCACCCCGGGGGGGAGGGGAUGGUAACGCUCGGUCCUCAGAAGAGCUGCAGCCGGACGACAGCUGCCUCCUCGCUGUCCUCCUCUGUGGGAGCAGGGGUCAUCGCUCUCACUCUGCAGGCCAACCCUCUUCUGACCUGGAGGGAUGUUCAACACAUUAUUGUCCGAACAUCAAAAUCCCAUCGUCUUCCUGAUCCGGACUGGAGCGUGAACGGAGCCGGAUUCAGAGUGAGCCACCUGUAUGGUUUCGGCCUGCUGGAUGCCGAGGCGAUGAUUCUGGAGGCUCAGCGUUGGAGACGGGUCCCGGCUCAGCGGAGCUGCGUUCAGGAGGACCCUCAGAUCAGCAGAGCUAUGUUCCCGGGCUCGGUGCUGACGUCGGUGUUUCAGAGCAGCGGCUGCUCUUCUCGAGUUGUUUUCGUGGAGCAUGUGGUCGUCCGGCUCUCCAUCGAUCAUCGGCGCCGCGGAGACCUCUCCAUCACGCUCACAUCUCCAUCAGGCACCGAGUCCAAGCUGCUCAAUAACAGGCCCUUUGACGACUCCACCGAGGGGUUUCCGGCGUGGGAACUGAUGACGACUCACAGCUGGGGGGAGCCGGCAGCGGGGGGGUGGACUCUGAAGAUCAGAGACUCUUCCUCUGAGAGGAGGGAGAAACCAGGGAGGCUAAAGGAGAUCUCCCUGGUGAUUUUUGGCACCUCGGGGCCACCGUACCCCAGGCAUCGAGUGAGAUCUGCUGAGACGCCGAUGGAUAGUGACCUCACUGAGGAGUACAGCAGACCUUGCGACCCAGAAUGCAACGCUGAUGGUUGUGAGGGGCCCGGCCCGCAGCAGUGUGUCACAUGUUCACACUUCUUCCUCAAGUUCAAGAACAGCACAAGGAUGUGUGUGUCCGAGUGUCCGCGGGGGUUCUGGGGCGACCGGCGGCGCUGUAAGAGAUGCUUCUCGUCCUGCGAGAGCUGCACAGGAAGUCGCAGUGAUCAGUGCACUUCCUGUUUACCCAAACAUCACCUGACGGAGGAAACCAACACCUGCAGCGCCUCCUGUGGAGAGAAAUACUACCUGGACCACGAUGCAAACGUGUGCAGGGAGUGCAGUGAGAGCUGUCUGAAGUGCACGUCCUCCAGGGUCUGCACCGAGUGCAAACCAGACACCAGUCUGCAGGGGAACCGCUGCCAGCAGAGCUGCUCUGUGGGAUUUUUCCACGACGAGCAGGAGGGAACAUGCAGAGCCUGUGAUGAGGCCUGCGCUACCUGUGCAGGUGCAGGUGUAGCGCUGUGCUCCAGCUGUGCAGACGGUCACCUGAUGGAGGAGUGGAGGUGUGUGUCCUCCUGCAGCGACGGAUUCUACGCAGAGGUGGCUGCUGAGAACAGAGUGUGUAGGAGGUGUGACGCCAGCUGUCUCACCUGUUCAGGGCCGAGCGGGGGGGAAUGCAGCAGCUGUUCCAGCGGUCACCGCCUGCAGCACGGAGCCUGUGUGCUGAACACCGCCUGCACCGACGGAGAGUUUCUGGACGCAGACGGGAUGUGCGCUGCGUGUGAUGCAACGUGUCUGAAAUGCACGGGGCCGCGGACAGACGACUGCAUCAGCUGCUCCGCUGCACGGGCUCUGGAAGAGGGCCACUGUGUGGUGCAGUGUGCAAAGGGAAAGUACCGGUCUGGGGGUCAGUGUCACCUGUGUGACCACACCUGCUCCACCUGUGUGGAGGCGGGGCCACAAAACUGCACCUCCUGUGACACUGAUAAGUUCAGCGUGCAGCGGUACCUGUAUGGAGGUGUGUGUGUGGACGCGUGUCCGGAGGCCUUCUUCCACUCAGAGAUCAGCUGUGAGUCGUGCUCCACUCACUGUCUGCUCUGCAGCAGCUCCACCCGCUGCCUCCACUGCGACACCUCCUACUACGUCUCUGAUGGAGCCUGCAGCAAGCUGGAGUGUGGGGAAGGGGAGGUGGAGGAUCCAGACUACGACGACUGCAUGUCCUGUGAGGAGGGCUGCAACAAGUGUGUCCUCUAUAACCCCAAACAUUGCCUGUCCUGCACUGAGGGCUUUUACAAUUUUCAGGAUGGCUGCUACAGAAACUGCCCGGCGAAGACGUACAGCGUGGAGGCGGAGAUGAGCUGCGUGCUGUGUGAGGAGAACUGUGUGAGCUGUGACGAACACGAGUGCUACUGGUGUGAGACCGACCUCUUCUUAUCAGAGGGUAUUUGUGUCCCCGAGUGUCCCGAUGGUUCCUACGGAGACGAGGACACCAAUGACUGUGAGGAGUGUGACCCAGCCUGUGGGUCUUGUGUCGGUCCGGAGGAAAACGACUGUCUGUCCUGUGAAGACGGGAAGCUUCUGGAAGACGGAGAGUGUGUGUCCGACCACGAGCUCUGCCCCGCUAAGACCUUCCGCAGCGAUGACGGAGCGUGUGAGGACUGCCACCCCUCCUGUGAGUCCUGUUCCGGAGAGGAGAAGACCCGCUGUACCACAUGUGCAAAAGGGCGGUUUCUGACCGCUCAGCAAACAUGUGUGUCAAAGUGUCCGGGGGGUUUCUUUUCCAAUCGCGUGAGCGGAGUGUGUGAGGCGUGCCCCCCCGGCUGUGUGCAGUGUGAAGACGCUCUGAUCUGCAAACGCUGUCAGAGCAGCCGCUUCCUGCAGGACGGAGGCUGUGUGAAGCGGUGUGUCAGGGGUUACCCAGCAGGCGGUGUGUGUCGCAGCUGUGUGUCGGGGUGUGUGUCCUGUGUGAAGAACGCCACACACUGCCUGAGCUGUGAGGAGCCUCUGCUGCUGCACAAGCAUCAGUGUGUGAGGGCGUGUCCUGCAGAACACACUGUGCGGGACAGGGAGUGCACACACUGCCCCCCCGCCUGCCAGCAGUGCAACCCGCUGGGACGAUGCACAGACUGUGAGGAUUACCACUUCCUGCAUGAGGGCCUGUGUGUUCCCGACUGUCCUGAGAAGUUUUUUGAAGACACGGAUCAGCGAGAGUGUGUGCGGUGCCACCCUGACUGUGCACUAUGUGACGGGCCCAACAACAACGACUGUGACGCCUGCACGGACCCCGGGAACUCUCUGCACAGCGGGGCCUGUCUCACUGCCUGCCCUUCACACACUUACAGAGACACUGUUACAGAAGAGUGUAAAGACUGCGAUGCCUCUUGUCUCACCUGUUCGGGACCCCUCGCUGGAUCCUGCUCCAGCUGCAGGGAGGGUGAGAGGCUGGAGGGUGAGAGCCACUGUCUUCCAGCCAAUCACUGCUCUCCUCACCAGUACGCAAACCUGGGUGGGGGGUGCCAUCUGUGUCACAAAUACUGCUUCCGAUGCUCGGGUCCGGGCAAAUCUCACUGUCUGAGCUGCAACCACAGACACCUGCUGCUCAAUGGCACCUGUGUGGAUAAAUGCCCCGUCGGCCACUAUGAGGACGAGUCGGGGCAGAAAUGUGAACCCUGCCACCCGUCCUGUCAGUCCUGCGUCGGGAAGCACAGCCACGAGUGUCUCGCCUGCAAAACACACCUUUUCCGAGAGGGCAAAGAGUGUGUGGAGACCUGCCAGCAGCACAGUCACUAUGGAAACACCGGCUCAAGGAUGUGUGAGAAGUGCGACCCGAGCUGUGGGGACUGUAUUGGGGGGGGGGAGUACGAGUGUCUGAGCUGCCUCCCCGAUCUGAUCUACCUCCGGAGAGAUGGGAGCUGCCUGGCCUCCUGCCCUCUGAGAUAUUAUCAGGACGAGGAACACCGGAGCUGUGAGGCCUGCCACGCCUCCUGCAGGACAUGCUCAGGUAGAGAAGCUGCCUCCUGUGUCUCCUGCUCUCCUGGAUACCUUCUCUCAGACGGCAGAUGUGAGUCCAUGUGCGACGUCGGCCUGUUUCCUGUGAUGAAGGACUCAGGCCAUGUGUGUGUGGACUGUGACGGCUCCUGUCUGGAGUGUCGAGGACCCGGUCCAGCAAACUGCUCCAUGUGUCCUCCUCAGGCCAUCUUAGAAGCGGGGGGGCGCUGUCUGCUGUGCUGCCUCCAUGAUGAUGAUGAGGAGGAGGAGGAAGAGGCAACAACGCCGCAGCAGGACUGUUGUAACUGCACCGAGACUCGAGGAGAGUGCGUCCUCACCACCAAGCUGGCGUUCAGGAACGAGGAAGAGGAGGUGUCCGGGGGAAACCUGACCAUCUUCAUCAUCACCUGCUUCCUGUUGGUGUUUGGCCUGGUGGCCGUCGUCUUCAUCAUCCGGCACUCCCGCUCCAAGAGGGCGCCUCCGGACAUCACGCCUCGCGGGUACGAGAAACUGGGCUCGGGCGGAGGGUUCGGAGGAGGAGGAGGAAGAGGAUUCAGCUCUUCGACUUCUAGCGCUCGUCCCAUUUCCUCUACGACUGGCGGACGCUUCCAGGACGCUCAGCUGGUGGACGUCGCUAGGAGUAAAGAAGAUGACGAUGACGAUGAGGACAUUGUUUACAUGGGGCAGGACGGCACCGUGUACAGGAAGUUCAGGUAUGGACAGCUGGACGAGGACAACGAGGACGAGCUGGAGUACGACGACGAGAGUUACACGUUUCGGUGAAUGUGUGGAUUUCUGUAGAGAAGCUGAGAUUAUAAAGAAAUCUUAAAAAAACGUACAAAAAAUAACUCACUUUUAAAAUAACUGGCUUUUAAUGCGUGAUUGUUGUUUUAU